AUGGGUUCUGGAUCAAGAGUUAUUUCCGUGGCUUUUCGGCUUAUGCAGCUUGUCUCCGCCGCUGUUGUCGCCGGCACCCUAGGACAUUAUCUACAUAACAUCCACGAAGCAGGUGUUGGCAGUAACCGUCGAGUCGUGUAUGCGAUCGCCAUCGCAGGCAUCUCCAUAUUCUUCGCCUUGGUCUUAACGCCACCUCUAACCUACUCAUUUUAUGCCUUUCCCCUAGACUUCGCAAUCUUUGUCUGCUGGAUGGUCGCCUUCGGACUUCUUGUCAAUCUUGUUGGAAGCCGAGGCUGCAAUUCAACUUGGUUUAGGACCAACUGGGGCUGGGCUUGGGGUAGAUGGUAUCGAGUAGGUACAGCAGAACAGGUUGGACAUCCUGGAUGUAGCAGCUGGAGAGCAGCUAUCGCAUGGGCUUUUAUCGGGGGGAUCUUCUGGCUUCUUAGUUUCGUACUGGGCAUUAUCGUUUUAAGUCGAGUUCGCGGUCGAAAGCACGAAGAUUCUACGCAUAUUAAAAGACAAGAGAAGAGCCACAUGGCUAGUGGCAUGACGCCCGUAUACCCUCAUGAGACCGUCAAUCGCACGGAAGAAGUUACUCAAAAUCAAGAAAGUUUAGGUGGGCAGAGAACAUUUGUCCAACCGCAACAAGGGCUUGCUUGUAGCCAGUGCGGAACUCUAGGCAGGUUAGGGACUAGGUUCUGCAGCAACUGCUGUUUCGAGCAAACUGCAACGGAGGCUGUCUAGAUGGGAAGUGCGCAUGAGACCUCCGAACGCUUCAUCUUUCGAAGAGGAUCAUACCGUCUAGCGGUGUCUGCAUCGUACUAGGCGUUUUGACACCAGCCAAUUCUAACGUCCUUGCUUCUGUCCUCAGCG